UGUAUGUAUCCACUUCGAUUUUAAUUAAGACUGACUAAUUAGAGGUUAUGAAAUUUAAGCAGAAUUAAUAGAUGAAUAUUAAUUGAUAAAUCGCUGCAUUUAACAGUUGAUGCACAAAAACAGAUGCUAAUCCUAAACAGUUACAUAAUUUCUGCAUCUGGAAGCUGGAAUAAUCCAAAUCUGUUCAUAUAAAGAAGCUUCAAGGACGAUACAAGGUUUCAUCAAACUGUUCAUCAUUGUUCAAGAAACAAUUUGGCAAUUCAAAAUAAAGCUCCUAGAAGGCUAGUUACAAAACUUUAAAGUUUUUGAGCAACAAUAAAAUGAUGUCCGAUACUAACAAGGAUGCAGGCAAUGAGAUCAAAGACGACGUCAUGGACUUUGCUGUAUUUAUAUCAAAAAUCAUUCACAGUGUUAGUCCUAGACAUAAAAGAUUUUUGAAACUGGUGUUGCUGGUCUACGUUAAUACGCUAAACAUAAAUCAUGCCGCUAAGUCAAGGAAGCACAAUCGUAGAAGUAGACCGAAUAAAAGUGGAAGUCAGAUAUCUUGGAACAAAAGUGCAGAUGAAUAUUUACUUUCACUAUUUAACCAAGAUGUUCAAGAUGAAUAUUUUAGAAACAAAGACAUUUUAAAAGAAUCGUCAAUUCUAAGCUCAAUAAUGACAAAACAUAAUAAUACCUCUUGGUUUACCUCCAAGGUAUCAAAUAAAGGCAGAAGUGAUAAUGUUCGUAUAAAGCGUUAUUUAGGAGGAACACAGAGAAAUGUUCCAUGGGUGAAUAAAUGUGAACAAUUAAACAUAAGCGAUUAUUCCACAGAAAGUUCUACAAGUAGUGAUCUUGACGUAAAUUUGAUCACGCAGACACAUGUAGAUGAUAGACAGUAUGUACCAAAUGUGAAUGAAUGUUUAGUAUCCAAUGUAAACGAGGUUUCUCAAUCAAGCUCUGCAAUUAGUGAAAGGCAUUCUCUACCAAAGACGAAUGAAUGUUUAGUAUCAAACAGAAAUGAGGUUUUUCAUAGAAGUAGUAAUCUUGAAGAAAAUUUGCCCAGCGUGAACACGCAGAGAUGUGUAAACUAUAACGAGAUUCUUCCAAUUUUUAAUGACUAUUUACCAUCAAUCAGAAAUGAGAAUUUUAAAGAAAGUUCUACAAGUAGUGAUCUUUACUCGGAUUUACACAUGCAUAAACGUGUAAAGUAUACGCAUUCUCAACCAAAGGUGAACGAAUCGAAUGUAAAGGAGGUUUCACAAUCAAGCUCUGCAAGUAGUGAAAGGCAUUCUCUACCAAAGGCCAAUGAAUAUUCAGUUUCAAAUAAAAAGCAUAUUUAUCAAGAAACUGAUACAAGCAGAAACUUUGAAGUAACUUUGCUCAGAGCGAGCACGCAGGAAUCUGUAAAGAAUAACGAGAUUCUUCCAAAUUUUAAUAAAUGUUUACCAUCAAACAGUAACCAGAAUUCUAAAGAAUGUUAUACAAGUGAAGUGAGUUUGUUCAGAUUAAAGGAUAACCAGUUGCUGCCACAUUUUAAUGAAUAUUUACCAUCAAACAGAAACAAAACUUCUCAAGAAAUUUCUACAAGUUGUGGCCAUGAAGGAAAUUUGCCCAGCGUGAGCACGCAGAGACCGAAACUACAAGCACUCCGUAGAUGGGAAUCAAUGUGUAAGAAAUGUGAUCAAUAUCCUACUAAUCGUAUGGUGAAUGAACAUUUUGAUGUAUCUAAAAGUAAAAGUCAUGAAGUUAACAAAUCAAGUUCCUCAAGUACUAGCAUUUUGUUGGAAACUGUUCCAAUUAAUAGGAAUCAAAGCAGAAAUGAUGCGAAAUAUCAAAAGUAUAUAAAGCUAACGAGCGAUGGUGAUUCUGAGAGUUCAAGAUCAUAUUUAGGAAGUUUGAAUCAUGACAAUUCUUCAAGUAGUAACAAAGAUCCUUAUAUUUCAAACGUGGGGAGUCCGGACAAAAUGAAUGCAAAACAUGCUAAGUAUAGAAAGAUAUCAAGCGAUAGUAAAAGUGAGGACGAUAGCUUAGUAUCCUUUGAGCUAGAAUUGCCCAUUUUAAGGAAAAAGUUAUCGAAUGAAGGUAAUGCAAUAUAUCGCAAAAAGAUGUCAAUCGUCCACAAAAGUACGGUGGAUUACAUGAAGUCGCUGAUACGAAGAGUGAACAUUACGCGUUCAGAAGAAAUGUAUCUCAGGCGUAACCAACCCGCUAAAAGAAUUGAAAAAGAAUAUGUUCAUUCAUCAGAAAAUACUGACGAAAUACUGACUAUUAGUGAUGAUAGUUCUUCGAGUAGCUUUAUAGAUGUCGUUAAUCUUUAGACACAUAAUUGAUAUAUGCAACAUAUAGCAAAAACAGAAAAUUAAGGUAAAUAACAGCAAACAAAACUUCUUAAUUUUGAAUUAGGAUAACCAUAGACCAAGAAACCUAGUAUGAUGAUACAAAAUCAUAAGUAACCUUAACGUACGAUUUCCUAGGAAAAAUUCUAAGAAUGUAAGGAGAUCUUCGGAACAUAUUUAUUUACCAUAGAAGAUUAUCAAAUACAAUAUACUGUGACCCAAAUAAAUGAAUACAGUUGUUAAAAUGAUUCAACCCUAAAAUCAAAAAAGACUUAUUUUUACAAUUAUGUAUAAUACAUUU